GAGGGACGCGCGGAGCGAGGAGCCGCCGCCGCGGCGGCCGGGAGAUGUGCCCGGAGGAGGGCGCGGGCGAGGACGCGGCGGGGCUGGGCGAGCUGCGCUCCUGGUGGGAAGUCCCGGCCAUCGCGCACUUCUGCUCCCUCUUUCGCACCGCCUUCCGCCUGCCCGACUUCGAGAUCGAGGAAUUAGAAGCCGCCCUUCAUAGGGAUGACGUGGAGUUUAUCAGUGAUCUGAUCGCCUGCCUGCUUCAGGGCUGCUAUCAGAGGAGGGAUAUCACGUCUCAGACAUUCCAUAGUUACCUAGAAGACAUCAUCAACUAUCGCUGGGAACUUGAGGAAGGAAAACCCAACCCCCUGAGAGAAGCCAGUUUUCAAGACCUGCCUCUGCGCACCCGAGUGGAGAUUCUCCAUCGCCUCUGUGAUUAUCGGCUUGAUGCAGAUGAUGUCUUCGAUCUCCUCAAGGGUUUGGAUGCAGAUAGCCUCCGAGUGGAACCUUUGGGUGAAGACAGCACUGGUGCUUUGUAUUGGUAUUUCUAUGGAACCCGAAUGUACAAAGAAGAUCCAGUACAGGGAAAAUCUAAUGGAGAACUGGCCUCAAUUAAGGAAAAUGGAGGGCAGAAAAAUGCCCCAAACGUACCUGGAAAAACAGGAAAAAGGAGAGGGCGACCCCCAAAACGGAAGAAAUUACAGGACGAGAUUGCGCUCAAUGAAAAACAAGAAGAAAACUCAAUGUUAGCACCACAGACAAGAAAUGGGUCCCAAGGACCAGGACAUGGGACAUGGUGGCUUCUCUGUCAAACAGAAGAAGAAUGGAAGCAGGUGACUGAGAGCUUCAGAGAGAGGACAUCCCUAAGAGAACGACAGCUGUACAAGCUCUUGAGUGAAGACUUUCUGCCCGAGAUCUGUAACAUGAUUGCACAGAAGGAAAAGCGUCUACACCGAACAGAGGCAGAAUUACAUCCUAGAUUUAUGUCUGAUCACCUGCCCAUCAAGUCCCUUAAGCAGGAGGAGACCCCUGUGCUCAGCAGAAUAGAGAAGCAGAGGCGAAAGGAGGAGGAUGAGGAACGCCAAAUCCUUUUAGCCGUGCAAAAGAAAGAACAAGAACAGAUGCUCAAGGAGGAGAGGAAACGGGAAAUGGAAGAAAAGGUCAAAGCAGUAGAAGAUCGAGCCAAGAGGAGGAAGCUCAGGGAAGAACGUGCAUGGCUUUUAGCCCAAGGGAAAGAGCUUCCCCCAGAGCUCUCCCAUUUGGACCCGAGUUCUCCCGCCAGAGAUGAAAGAAAAGCAAAGGAUCUCUUUGAUCUGGAUGAUGAGUUCACUGCCAUGUACAAAGUUCUGGAUGUCGUGAAGGCUCACAAAGACUCUUGGCCCUUCUUGGAACCUGUAGAUGAAUCUUAUGCCCCAAACUAUUACCAGAUCAUUAAGGUCCCCAUGGAUAUCUCGAGCAUGGAGAAGAAACUGAAUGGGGGCCUCUACUGUACAAAGGAAGAGUUUGUCAGUGACAUGAAGACUAUGUUCAGAAAUUGCCUAAAAUACAAUGGGGAAAGUAGUGAGUAUACCAAGAUGUCUGACAAUUUAGAGAGGUGUUUCCAUCGGGCAAUGCUAAAGCAUUUUCCUGGUGAAGAUGGAGACACAGAUGAAGAGUUCUGGAUUCGAGAGGAUGAGAAGCGGGAAAAGAGGAAGAACCGAGCUGGGCGAGGGGGUUCAGGGAACAUUUGGACCCGAUCCAGAGACACUGAGGGAUCCAGCAGGAGACAGCAGCCUUUGGAGAAUGGGGGAAAGCCCCUGCCACCACCACAUCGAGCUUCCUCCUCCACAGAUGACCAGAGCAGCAGGACCCUGCAGCCACCCAGGGAGGUGGGUCCUUCCAAUGGCCGAGGCUUCUCUCAUCCUUUGCAUUUUGGUGGGAUGCCCAGCCAGGCACCUCUUUUAGGCCAGAUGAGGCCAGCAGUGCCAGGAACAUUUGGCCCCCUUCAUGGAUCUGAUCCAGUUAACUUGUACGGGUCAUCCAGAGUACCAGAACCACACCCUGGAGAAUCUGUUCAGCAGCACCAGCACUUUGCAAUGCAACCUCCUGUCGGACUAAAUGAACACAGAGGGCCUAGACUUGGUGUACCAGAAGAAAAUCAGGUGUGUGGAGGGCUGACUCAUUUCUCUACCAUGGGACCACAUCCUGGAUCCUUACAACUUGGGCAGAUGGGUGGCCCUAGCCAGGAUGGUAACAUGUAUCCCACAGCACAGUUCCAGGCAGGAUUUAUUCCUCCCAGGCAUAAUGGGCCUCCGAUAAGACAAGAAUUUCCUGAAAGUUCAGAUGUACCCCCUCCCAGUCACAUGUAUAGACCGUAUAAGUACCUGAAUCGAGUACACUCUGCAGUCUGGAAUGGGAACCAUGGGGCAACAAAUCAAGGUCCCUUGGGUCCAGAAGAGAAGGCCCCUGUAGGACCAGGAGCUCCUCUGCAGCCUCGAAUUCUUAGUCACAUGAUGGAUCCACGAGGAAUGAGAUCAUCUCUGACCCCAAACCAAUGGACUGAACAGUCAAGCUUCCUACCUCAUGGGGUUCCUCCUUCAGGGUAUAUCAGGCCGCCCUGUAAAUCUACUGGACAGAGAUUACAGCAGCCACCAGCACAGAGCUCUUUGUUUGGGGGACCCUCCCCAGCUCUUCGGGGAGUACAAGGAGGAGAGUCCAUGAUGGACAGCCCAGAGAUGAUUGCCAUGCAGCAGCUCUCAUCCCGUGUUUGCCCACCAGGUGUGCCUUACCAUCCCCGACAGCUUCCUUCCCCAAACCUACCUGGUGCUUUUCCCCAGGUAGCUCAUUCAGCAGCAGUAAGCAUGUCCACCUCUAUGCCAGCCUUGGAAACCAAUGGGAGUGCACAAAACAUCAGCGAAACAAAGGAACCUGAUAGUAAACAAGAGCCUAGACUUGAGGAGAAACCUCCAAGCCUUGGUGCUCCCGAGGGAACAUACCUCACACAGCUACCUCAUUCCAAACCAUCCCUGCAGACUGACUGCAUUAGGCAGAAUUCACCACAGGAUACAGAAACAGAAGGCCCGAUGGUUAAAAAUGACUCCUCUCAGUCUGGGGAAAACUGUAAAGCCUCCAAGGGCAAAAAUGCCUGGCCAACAGAAGGCAGCUACCCAAGCCCCACUGCCCAAGGCUGUAUGAGGGACCUUACAACCAUAGCAGAUAGAGGGGGCCUUCCUGAAAAUGGAAUCAUUGGAGAAGCAUCUCCUUGUGGCUCAGAAGAAAAGGGACUAGGGGGUGGCACCUCUGAAAAGCCACUUUGCCCCCGAAACAAGAUGUUUCAGGAAGCGGCUAUACCUUGUACGGGGCCGAAUUCCAAUACUCCUCGGAACAUAGAUGCAAGUUUGAUGGGCAGCACUGUCAACCAGUUCCCCCCUCUAUAUAUGCCUGGCUUAGAAUAUUCUAAUUCAGCUACACAUUACCACAUCAAUCCCGGUCUUCAAGGUUUUGGUCCUAUGAUGGGGGGGAAACAACCCCCGGUAUCACAUCCACAGCCUUUUCCCCCUCGUGGUUUUCAGCCCAGCAACUCCCACUCAGCUGUGUUUCCUCGAUAUCGUCCUCAUCAAGGCAUCCAGUACUCUUAUCAGCCACCACCUCAGCCUUCCUUCCACCACUAUCAGCGAACUCCUUAUUACACAUGUCCACAGGGCUAUUCUGACUGGCAAAGGCCUCUCCAUCCCCAGGGAAACCAGCCUGGGCACCCAGCUCACCAGACUCCCCAACCAAGGCCGCUUUUCUCAGAUAAAGGGACUGUAGCUAAUCUGCAGGGUUGUGAGGCACUCAAUGCCACUCUAGCAUCUCCAACUCGGAUUGCUGUAGUGGGUGCCAAAGUGGUACCAACAGAUGGGCAGAAUCUAGGGCCCAAAGAAGAAAAACUAGAUGAAUCCAUUGAGAGGCCAGAGAGUCCCAAAGAAUUUCUCGACUUGGACAACCACAAUGCAGCUACUAAGCGACAAAACUCUGUGCCCGCUAAUGAGUUCCUCUAUGGAGCUCCUUCCCCAGCCCUGAGUUCAGGGAUGAAUUUUACUUCAUCUACUUUCCCACCCCACAGCAUGAUGUUACAAUCAGGGCCUCCUUAUGCUUCUCAGCAUACAGCCAGUCAUUAUCAGCCUAGGGCCUAUUCACCAGUCACUGCUCACCCAUCUCAUCCAGCUGCUGGCCAGCCUAAUGGCCUCCCCCAGGAGGGCCCUCUCUACCGCUGCCAGGAAGAGAACAUGGGUCACUUUCAGGCUAUAAUGAUGGAACAGAGGGGCAACGUUAGUGGAAUGGGAGGACCUUUCCAGGACUUAUACAGAUCAUCAGGAAUGCAAAUGCAUCAAGCCCAGGCCCAGUCACAGUCUCCCUUUCCAAAGCCUUCAGCUCCAGCAACAUCAAGAAAAGAACUUUCCUCACAAAAGCCCUCAGCCUUGCCUCUUGAUCAGAGCUAGUUCAAGGAAGAAAGACCCCCCAAGAAAACAGAAGCUGCACAUGAAGACCUGGGCAUAGAGAACUGGAGAGGCACAGUGAUCCUUGUUCACCUUCCCCUUCCCACCCCUGACUCUUCCACAGUGGAAACUUCUUACCGUCUGGCAACUACUGCCAUUCCAGAGAUCCCUGGGGCACAACCCUUAGAUGAUGAACACAAAAUGUACAGUGGUCUUGGGUCAGGGAUCUUCAACAUGGCUGAUCUGGACAGAAAAGGAUGAACCAUGUACACCUGGAACUAGUGGGUUUUCAAGACUUGAGACUGAGGUCUCAUUCAGGGAAAAUUUUUAAAUCGGGUGGGAUGGGGAGAGCUGAUGAAAAGGGAUGAUUUAUAAUUUUCAUGAGCAGCUAAACUCAGGUAUAUAUUUGGGGAUGGGAGAUGUAAUUUACUCGUAGUAUUAAUGUGUUUGGAUCUGGGUCCAGUUUACAGAAUUUACCUGUUGCCUUUUAAAAUAAUUUUUUUUUGUUGGUGGUGAAUGUAUUGUAUAUAAAAUGGGAAAGGGAGGGAAGUGGAUGUGGGAAUCCCAACUGUAGUGGGCACGUAGCACUGGGGUGAUCCUCUACUGUUUACAAUCAUGUCACACUGAAAACUUUGAGGAGCUGGAAGGGUCAGGCGAUACAUAAUCAUGUCAUUUGUCAUUCUGGUGUUCCCUGGGUAGCCCUCCAUGCUUUCAGAGCCUUCCCUUUAAUCAGCCCAAAAGAGCAUUCCCAGGCUCCUUCCUUUACUAGAUUCACUAGAGGCCACAUACUUUCUGAAAGCAGACAAAUAAGCUUCAGAUAUGAAGCCAUGUUUGCGCCCUAUUAGCUGCUCUGUUUAUCAUUCUGGUGGCCCAAAUCCAGGAUUUAAGAAACACUGUUUGAUAGGCCUUUCAGUUGUCUGGAAAUGGAUAUCAGGAAUGGGGAUCACUGCAAUGUUUCACUCAUUGGAAAACAAAACUGGAUUGUCCUUUAGUGAUGGACCUACCAAGACUGAUAUAGAAAGCUUCAUUAAAAGCUUCUGAGCAUUUAAUCAUAUUUUGUGGGAAGUGAGUACUCAGGUUUGUACAUGGUAGUAUCGAUAAGGAACUCGUGUGUUUUGAAUAGGAAAAACUUAGACUUACAGUUUGAAUUUAGGAGUGAUUCCAUUUAUAGUUUAAUUCAUCACAUAAGGCACAUCAUAGUAAAACUGGUCAAACCAUAAUUUAAGAGUUACCAAGAGCAAGGUGUUGAGAAUCAUUCGCCCAUCAGUGGUAGGAUACAGCAUUACAGUAUUAAAUUAAUUUCAUCAUUUCAACCUUAGAAUAUGCACUCUACUACAUUUUUUGGAUUUAUGUUGUAAAUCCUGUUAUAGCUGCACUGCCUCUGAAAUUAAUAACUAUAUGUUUAAAAUUUAUUCGCCACAAGACUAACUCUAGAAGAUAAACACUGAAAUCACAGGGUUGGGUUUGGUUUGGUUUUAACAGAAGAAUAACAUUAUCUACCAAAAUAUGUUUGAGACAGUAUCCACACCCACAAAAUCUCCAUCUUCUAGGGUCCUUAUGAAAAUGCAUUCCUAGAGAUAGUUCAUUAUAGCAGCCCCCUUUCUUCCACUCUCAGAACCCAUAAUGAAAAUGGUUUGUUUUGUUAUUUUGUGGCCACAUAAUACACCUGGAACCAGCUCCAGUGACAAAAGCUAGUGAAAGGCAGUGACACUUGGGACAUGGUCAAGGUUGAAAGGGAGUGGGUGGACAGGAAGUGCUGAAACUUCUGGUAGUGAUGCUUCCUUCUCCAACUGAACUGUGUUAAUCUUUGGUUUUAGUCACAUUUAGAAUGAAUUUGAAGCAUUGUCUUCAUUUAAUGCUUGUUUGUGUUAGGGUUCCACCACCGAUACAAUGGUUUGAACUGGAAAAGUGAGUCAGGAGUAUUCUCAAUCCAAGAACAAACAGGUCAUAGAAUGCAUUUGUUUGCCUGAAAACAUGCAGUUGCUCUUGAGCUGGUGUAAACCGGCUUAAACUGUACUACCUUAAUCUCAGGCUUGAAAAGGUCUGACUGUUUUUGACUGGUGCAGGCCAGUCAAAACCCAAGGUUCUUAGCCAUUGUGAAGCGCUCACAGUCAGCCUCUUCCUUAAAUCAAGUUUGAAAUAUGUAACAUGAGGAUUACUUGACUCCUACAUCUGUAGAAAUGUAGCAAAAGCUUUCUUAAAGCUGUAUAAAGGUUGUCUCUAAUGAUUCGCAAAAAAAACCCUAAGCAAUAAGAAGCUGAAUUUCUGUAUCUUUUCCUACAUACCCCUUGUUCUUGCCGGAGCAGUUCUCUAUACAAAAUGGCAUGAUGAGCAUGUCAUCCCCCCACAUCUCUCUUAGCAGAUUCUGUGAAUAAUACAAGUAAGAGAAAUCCGAAUCUCUUCUUGCAAUGUGAAGAGCAGACGAGUCUGAAACAAGCAAUAGAAAACUGAACUACUGUAUUAAAAUUGUUACACUGUGAACAUGGGCAGCAGUACGAUAGGAUGUGUUAGAACACAUGAGCCCCAUUGUCGGCUCAUCUUAAAUGUAUGUGAAUAACCUAAUUGUGUUCCCUUUGAGAUUUUAGUUGUGUAGGGUAGGUGUUAGUACCACAUUCUGUUAUCAGGUAGUUCCUAAGCUGUUAGAGAUCACCUAAGGCCAUCCUUGUAAGUGCAGAAACGCUCAAAUUUGAGCAUCUAUGUUUCAAGCCAUAUUGAAUGGCUAAUUCAUUUAAGAUGAAGUUGAGGCUUUGUUUUGCUUAACUCGGCUUUCUCGAGCACUUCUUUCAUAGUUUCUUAAGCAGGUGCAAUGUCUUGAAAGAACUAUCAAAGCCUUGGCAAAUGCCUCCCUUUCAGUGUAGCCAGCUCCUAGUGACCUACCCUAGUAAAUUAUUGGAAUCCUUUUUUGCCAGACUUUUAUCAAAGUUGCAGAAAAUUACCCAGAUAAAUUUUCCCAAGACAUGAGGUAUAAUACCUAGGGAGGUAAUUUUCACAUUCUUACUGUGCUUUCUUUCUCAAGCAAAAGUAGCCAGAUAUUGGCACUUUUCAUAACUCUUUUCUCACCCAUCCCUUUUAAAUAUAAAGUAACGCUUCUAGCUUCUUCUUUAUCAUAAUUGUCAACUUCCAGAGCAAACCAAGUACACAUAAGAAGGAGACUUUUGUGUUCACUCUGCACUUUGUGAAGCAUAUUAAAGCCCAUGUUUUGUGGCCACAGUGUCCAUGCCAGGACUUACUCACAGAUAAGGUUUUAUAUUUGAGAACAGCUUCCUUUAUCAAAAGAAGGUUGUACUUGUGCUGCCUUAAACACCUAAUAAUACUUUUUGUGACUUACCAGUAGGUGCCACCGUUGUGUGGAUCUUGCCUAUGGUAUUUUUUAUUAUUCAUGGUCAUCCCUGCCUUGUUGGGGCCCCACCAUAUGUUUAGUGCUAUACUAAAGCACAUAAAUACAUCCCUGUCAGAAGCCAGAAGCAAGCACUCUUGUCUGGCAUACUUGGUUAAACCUAAUACGUUUAUACCUAUGUGGAACUGGACAUCCAAGAAUGAUUCACCACUCUGCUCAGGCCUGUAGCUUCCCUCUUUGGGACAACACUGGUUUAAAAGUUCCCUUGAGAUCAGCUUUUCCUUCUCCUCACAGUGACGAAGCAAGUGGUAUCAUAGAUGUGCUUGACUAUCCCUGAGAAAAUGCCCUAUGGUCUGGGCGUGGAGCCUAGGCUUUAUACCAGCAUUAUACUUAGUUCAGUGCCUACUUAAAGAGCCUGUCCACCCUUGCGCAGAUCUCUGACAGAUACUUGUGGAGGAACUCACUUCCACAGUACAUGUGAGCAAAUCACAUGCAUCAGGGUACCUUCAUAUGAUACUGGGAUGCCGUGCCUUCCUUGCUCUCCAGUCACCAGGAGACUCAGGGUAUGUGUGUUUUCAAACCAAGCUUGUCCUAGUGACUGCUUACAAAUCAACUUUCAUGUUUUCAGUUUCCUUAAACUCUGUAUCCUAAACUUACUGGUUUAGUCAAGGCACCAUUGUCCAAUUAAGAGAGGAAUGUGAUUUUAGACUUGCGGACAGCAAAGUGUAUAGUCUUUCUUUUACUGAUGGAGACUGGGUUUCUUUGUGCCUCGAAACCUAAAGGUACAUUGAUUGACCCUGCCUUCCAUGAAACCCACUAUUGUAACUUGGGCAGAAAUAGUCCUUCGAUCCUUUCUUGCUGUUUUCCAGCCGUCAGACUUAAAUUGUGAAAGCAACUUUUGCCACCAGGCCAUGUGAUGGAAACUUAACCGAUCUCUUUUUACUGCUGUACUCCAACGGACUUAUACUGAUGUAUAAAAAGACUGGGAACAAGCCGAUUGUCCUGCAUGUUUUUUGAAAGGUAUUGGGGUGGGAACAGAGGUGAGGGUAUCAAGUAAGUUAUUGAAAUGCUGAACUCCUUUCUCUCCAUGUAGUGACCUCUUCUUUUCCCCCCGCCCCGAGCUGGGGCUCAGGUAUCUCACUCUGCUGCCUUCUACACUGUUCCUGGUAGCCUGGUUCAGGAUCCACCAACCAGCCUGUGGCACACAGUGUCAGGGAUUCUUUGCUCCUUCUGCAAAAGCUGUGUGAACUUUCCUGGCCAGUACUGAAAAGGGGAAUGCUAUUUAUUUUUAUAUUUGUGUAUAUUUUGUCUUGGUCUGCUGAUUCCCUUUUACCCUGAGAGCGACACUUACCUCAAUAGUUAGUUCAAUGCUGUGUUGAAUACUUUUUUAAAAGAACUUUUUAAAAGCUUUUUGAUCCUUGGAGGUCUGUAGAUUUAUUUCCAUAUGAAUUGGUUAUUUUGUAUAAAGUACAUUC